AUGAGAUGGCGAAACACAAAUGACUCGGACCUGCUUAUAAUGAAAUCCCGCACGCACAUCGGUAAAUUUCACAGUGGUCCGAACUCUUCUCUCUGCCGUCUGAGACUGACUCUUCUCUCUGCCUUCCGGGAACUCUCUUGCCUGUCUGGCCUGUUCUUCUGCCUUUUCUUCCGCAUUGGGAUAAUUGACAGAACUGGCUGUCUUGACAUAUCUUUGUACAACAAUUGUCUUUUAUCUUCUUUUUUCUUAUUCUUCUCUUUCUUCGUUGUCUUCUCGUUCUACUUCAUAUUUUUCUUCUCCUUCUCUUCUAAUUUCUUCUUCUUCUUCUUCUUCUUCUUCUUCUUCUUCUUCUUCUUCUUCUUCUCCUCCUCCUCCUCCUCCUUCUUCUUCUUCUUCUUCUUCUUCUUCUCUAUGUUUUCCUUCUUCUUUUUUUCUUCUUCUUCGUUUUUCUUCUCCUCUUCUUUUUUCUUCAAGGAUGUCUUUCUUCUUCUUCGUUUCUCCUCCUCCUUUUUUCUUCUUUCUUCUUUUUAUCUUUCUUCUUCUUCUUCUUCUUCUUUUUCUUCUUCAUUUCCUGCCGUCUUCUUCUUCUUCGUCGUCGUUGUCCGUCAUCCUCUACUUUUUCUCCUUCAAUUCUUUUCUUUCUUUUCUUCUUCUUCUUUGUCGUUCUUUCUUCAUCGUUGUCGUCUUCUUCUUCUUUUCUCCUCUUUCUUUUUCUUCUUUGGCUCCUCCUUCUCUUUUUUGAAUCAUCUUCUUUUCAUUUUUCUUCUUUUUCUUCUUCUUCUUCUUUGCGUCGUGUCUUUUCAAGAUCCAGUAUCUACUAGUCGCAAAACAGCUGCAUCACAGCCUUUAUUAAUAUACUUCAUUAUGUAUAUGAAAUGA